AGCUGGAUGAAGGCCCUUGUUGUACUGUUUGCCACACUUUCUGGCGCUCUGCUCGGCAGAGCCCGACCAGCCAGCAGCGGAUGGGAGGGCGACGGGACGCGGCGAGGUGUGCUGAGGCUCCGGCAGGAGGUGUGCAACUGCGACAAUAUCACUCUGCGCAGCUCGGAGCCCCUCGCCAGGUCAUCGUCUGCUGUGCGGGCGGUGCUCUCCAGCCCCGUGUGCUCUGUCGACGGCCACACCUUCGCGAGCCUCUGUCUGGCGCUGUGCCAGGGAGCUGAUGUGGAUGAAGCUGACGUCACGGGGGAGGGAUGCACUCACGGCAUCACGGCCAUCAGGUGAGCAGACUCAAUAGGCGUGCCUCACUGUGUCAUCGCCACGUGUGGUGUGUUGCAGGCGUCUGACGCCCCCUCCAGACGGCCGGCUGCCGGCCGUCCUCAGCCGCAAAGGGUCCAACAUGGCCUAUCUCGGCAGAAUCGACCGGACGACAGCACCACCAACACAACACUCAGCAGCGGUCUUUGACAAGCGUAGAGCUGCUCGGCCAGCGGGUGGAUCAUAUCUCAUACGAGGCCAAAGCGACGUCUACCUGCUCGAUGACCGCACGGCGCCACUUGAGGGUGCGAUGGCAUGCCGAUCGACGUCAGCUGAUGGUGACGAGUGUGCCAAUGCUAACGAUCCUCAACACGUGACGGGGACAUUCGCGAGACGCCAGAACAACACCUCUCAACAGGAGCAGGCGUGUCCGGAGACAUCAAGCCGCCGAGACGAUGAUGAAGCGGCCCUCCCAGAGCACUGCUUCGACCCCGACGACCGAGAGAGAGUGGACUCCACACAAAUGCCCUGGAAGGCAGUCGGCCUGCUGCGGCUUCCCAAAUUGGACCAGGGCGAAGUGGUCAACUGCACCGGCAACAUCGUGUUCGGCACUUACGUGCUGACUAAUGCCCACUGCCUGAUAGACAAACAAGGUAAGCGAAGGCAUGUUUUACACGACCGAUCUUCACGUUGCAUGUGUAUGAGUGAGUGCAGACAACUGGAUUUUCUCGCCGGGCACUGGCGAGUUUUGCGCCGGCUAUGAUGCCGAGAAGGUUUUCGACUGCGUGAAGGUCCUGGAAGCCAGCGUCUUCUUGCCGUGGGUGUUUGAGCCGUCUGGCCGUGAGGAAGAAGCCGCCUAUGACUUCGCCCUCGUGAAACUGGAGAGGAAUUCUGUUGACGGCUUCGAUUUCGACAUCGGGUCCUUCUGCGACGAGAUACGCCCUAUCGGCGCGAUACAGGGGUUUGAGUUCGCCGGGUGGGCAUACAGGCACAGACUUAAUGCGGUAGGUGAUUGCGUGGGUAACGCGCUGCAUGUGUGAUGGUGCGUGCAGGUAUCCUGAGGACAAGGACACGGAAGAAGUCAGACAAGCAAUGUGGAGGGUGCCUCCGGUCAAUCAGUUUGAGCCUCCCGAGACCUCAACCAUCUUCAUUUUCCCUGAAUGCGACGAGGUGCGGCGUGGCAACGGCUUCUCACGGCUGUUGCACUAUGCAGACAUCGGUGAGCAGAAGAGAUGGGCACACACUGUCAGCCGUGUCUCAUUCUCUCCUUCGUUUCUCCGCAUGUGUUGGGCAGAUGAAGGCAACUCUGGCAGGUACUACAUACAGAUGCACGUCAUUUGUGGCAGCCGAGACGCGCACUGUCCAACUGUCUGUCUGUCUGUCUGUCUGUAUUAUCAGUGGCAUGUGGCUGGAUGCCUCCGCUGAUGAUGACGAAGGUCGUCGCGUAAUUGUGGCCCUGCAGAGCGGCAGAAGCAGGCAGGGGACCAAGGUCAACUUCGCCACAGAGAUGACGCCGCGGGCCAUUGACGUCAUCAAGUACUGGCGAGAUGUGAUGGACGAGGGGGGGUGAUCAAAAACGUCACAUGUGAUAUAAUUAAUGCGGUCGUUCACUCAAUGUGGUGAAGGCGCCAAGUCGCAGCUGCCUCGUACUACUCUCUUGUGGAAUGCGAUGGAGAAAGUCGACACAUUUUGUCGUGCGUGUGUGUCAAGUGUUGAUACCGGCACGCACACACGAAAACAGGGACGAAUGCGUGAAUGGACUUUUUUCCUCUCAAUCCACUAGUGAGACAUACAGACGCACGAAUUCAUCUCAGCUCGCUGAC